AAUCUUCAAAAACCAGGCAUACCUCAAAUGGUGGAUUUUUCUUGCUUACCAUAUAAAUUUAAACUUAUUCAGUGGCUUUCUUUAAAAUGUUUGAUAAAUGUUCCACAGUCAAUAAUUAGACAUGAAUGUGAAGUUGUUUCUCUUUAA